GCUGGCGCGCCGCCUGUCGGUCCUCGCCUUCUGUCAGACGCCCUCCGAGCGAUGGCGGGGAAGGAGGAGCAGGUGGUCUCGGCGCCGAGCAGCCCGGCGAGGGAAUGGGCGGCGGAAGAGGAGCAGCCGCGGCAGCAGCAGCAGCAGCAGCGCCAGGAGGAAGAGGAGGGGGGAUGCCCGGCGGGACCCGCCGGUGGCCGUUGCUGCGUGAUGGAGGUGCUGACUUGGAAGAGGCCCGUCUGCACCCUGGCCGGCUUCCUCUGCGCCAACCUGCUCUUCUGGUUCCUUGCACUGACUCCUUGGCGAUUGUUUCAUCUGGUUUCACUCAUGCUCCUUGGAAUUGUCAUGAUGCAGAUGAUGAAGGAAUUGGUGUUGUCUAGGGCAAGAGGUGCACAGUUAUGGCGAAACCUCAUUGAUGGCUGGGAAAUCACUGAUUCCAAAUCAGAAUACAGGCUUAGGCUGAACCAGUGUUUUGAAGAAGCAAUGAUGAGUUUUACCAUCUUUCUUCAAGAAAUGUCUCACUUCAAAGAACAGAAUCCUGGCAAGUUUUGUCUCCUGGUCUGCAGUGUGUGUACAUUCUUCACAAUCUUGGGAAGUUACAUUCCUGGAAUUGUCCUCUCCUACUUUGUGUUAUUGUGUGCCUUUUUAUGUCCACUUUUCACAUGCAAUGAAUUUGGACAGAAGGUGUAUAAUAACAUUAAGCCUCUUCUGCUGAAACUAAAUCUCGGUAUUGGGGAUUAUAUCCACCAGAAAGUGAAGGAGAGAGCUGAAAUGAUAAAAGCAAAGCUGGCAGAAGACAACAGUGAACUAGACAUAUCAGCCCUGUGUCCUAAGGUUAGCCCUGCAGUUGUGGCCAAAGAGCUGUCUGUAUCAGAUACAGAUAUAUCAGAGGUAUCAUGGACUGAUAAUGGGACUUUCAAUCUAUCUGAGGGAAACACUCCACAGACAGAUACUUCAGAUGAUUUUGAUCGCCCGAGUGAUCAUGAAGAGGCUUUUGCAAGAGAUCUUGCAGAAUUUCCAUCUGUGGAAAAUGGUGCUUUGACAAACGAUGAGGAUGAAUUAAGCAUUGGCCUGCCUGUCCAUCAGCAGAGAAAAAAGGAGCAUCUCCUGUCCUCAUCGGACCAGUGUACCAGGCCAGAGAAGGAGGGGCACUCUGCAGCAGGCUUCUCUUUGCCUUUGAUGAAUGACCAGGGUUUCAGCUUAGUGAGAGCCAUUGCCAGCGAUGUUGUUACAUCUGUAGUAUCGGCAGCUGUCAGAGACCAGUUACAAUCCCUGCAAGCAGACCCCAACGUAAGUGAAGAGACAGACACAGAGGAAGGAGAUGAUUUUGAACUGCUUGACCAGUCGGAGCUUGAGCAGAUGGAAAGUGAACUGGGGCUAACCAAAGGCCAAGAGGAAGCGCCACAAGAAAAGAAGAAGUCAUCAGGCUUUCUCUCAAAUUUGCUCGGGGGCCAUUAAUUUGGAAAUUGAAGCUGUUCAACAGUAUAUAGCAAAAACAAAAUACAGACAACAUGAAAUGCAAAAAAGAAAAAGAAAGAAAAAGAUGAGCUGUAAGCCUCAUCUGUUAUUUUAGAUGUGCUGUAAUGUCCUUCAUGCAGAGUGAACUAACUUGUUAUAGAUCAGUUGAUGCUGGUAGUUUUGUUUCUGAUAGUAAUGCCAUAGAAAUGGACAAAAACCCUAUCCACCUGUUGUGUCUCCAAUGAAUUGGAAGAGGCAAAAAAUUGCCAAAUGUAGCUCCUUUUUGGCUUUAACCAAAACCUCUUCACCUCCAGCCUGUUUACUCUUACUUUUUAAGCAUUUGGGCAACAAUGCUUCAGGGAGAGGUGAUAUCAAUAGGAAACAAGAAGCCAUCCAUAUUCCUAUGUAGCAGAGAAUAGCUAAACCUCCAGAGUAAACAAUAUUGGAACCCUUUUUGCAAAUAUAAUGUCUAAUGUAGGAAUCCAGACUUCUUCUUCUAAUUGAAUUGCCAUUCUGUGUCUGCAGUAGUUGUCUGAAGUCUCAGAUAUUUUUAUGGAGGACAAGGUGAUGCACUUUCAAAUCAUGGCAAUCCUUAUAGGACUUGGAACGUGGCAGAACAGCUUGAUGUUGUGCUUUCAUGUUCCAUAUGCUACCUUGUACUAGGCCUAUUCAGCAAGGCAAACAAAUGAGAAGAUAUAUGCUGUUUAUGUGUGGUAUAUGCAUAUGUAGUGUGGGGUUGAGUUUGGGUUGGGGGGGGGACAGGGAGAUAGGGAAAAAUUCAAUGUUGAAAUUGGAUUGACAAUCUCUUUACCUCCAGUUCUAUCCAUUCUGUGUUAUUUUGGCCUACAACACCAACCAUGUGAUUGCAUCAAAGACAGUACAGGUGGAGUUGCUGUGUUUAGUUCUGCAAAAGUUACUGCUGGGGGGAAAAUACAGAAUAUGCGGGGCAUAUAAAUAAAAAUAUUGCCAUAAAAAGCACUCCUAGUUUUAACAUUAUACAUAUUGUGUGGCUGACUUUGGGUCAUCUUAAAAAAGUAACUUCUAAGCUUUGUGAUUUACCUUUUAAAAUGGAUGGUAACAGGCAGUGCCUUAUCAAGGUAACCCAAAGUUUACAGAAAAAAUGCCACUGGUUUUGAAAGCAUGGUACAAUGAGUCAGCCAACUGAGGGACCAUAUCAUCCAUUUCAACGUAUCUCAAACUUUUGGAUAUUUUACUACUGUUUUAACAGAUAAAGAUGCUUCUUGAGUGACCCUUCAAAAGUAUAAGCCCAGUUUAGUGUUUCCUCCAUAUCUGCUGUUUCGCAAAGCAAGCUGUAUAAUGAAUAUUAAUCUACAGUAUGCUGAAUUCAGAACCAUUAUGCCAGAAGUUCAGUUUUCCGCCUCACUCUUGGCUUGCUCAAUAUGCUUAAUGAGACCCCAAUUUUAAAGGUCACUAAUUCAUCAGGUCUCCGUAAGUCAGAAGGGACUUGAGAACACAUAAUAACAACAGACCCCAAUGUCAGCUAUUAGUCUGAGGUAGCUUGAGCAACUAUCCCCAACUUCUGUCUGCCUCCAUACCCAGAGAGAAAAAACAAAAAAACAAAAAGCAGUACAGAUACUUACUGUCCUUUUAUCACUCUCAUGCUUAUGUUUUCUGUUGGUCAAGCUGAUGCCUUCAUUCAUUAGGCUAGAAUCACGUGGAUGUAUUGAUUCUCUACAAAAGACAGGAGACAUCAGCAUGAUCCUAAGCUUGUUUGUGUCAUAGCACUAUUUUCAGUAGGGCUGCCUCAUUAGGAAAAGUGUUCAGGACUGUGGCCUAAAUUGGCAAAGUCAAGUUUAAUGCAAGAUUUUAACCAUUACUACCAAUGAAAUGAGGCCACACAAAUAAUGUACGUACAGUACUAGUUUAGUUAGGUUUUUAUUUGCUUUUAGCUUUAAUUGCAUUAGGUAACUUCCCUAUUUUUUUUAAAAAAAAUGAAGAAUAAAUAAAGGAAUAGGAAAAUAGUUUCACUAUACAGAAUGCAUUUCCUGUUUCUCAAAUGGAGGUAUGUUAAAAAGAAACUGAUGGUGGUGUGUACUUCUUAAACAUGUUUUUUCUCCCAAGGUUAAGAUAAGAAAUCAUCAUAUUACAUAUAACUCACUAUUCUAAUAAAACUGGGCCAGCUCGCCAGAAAAUUAACUUUAAAAGGAAGAGAUGAAAACACAAACAUAAACUUUAAAAAACCUUACAAACAUCCUGUAAUAUUAAAACACAAAAUUAUUUAAAAAUCAAUAAAAUCAAUUACGAUCAGUAAAGUUUGUUUAGGAGCUAUCCAAUAAAGAAAUAAUGAGAUGUUAUCCAUUAUAAUGUCUGUGACUCUAAACACAUUUACUCAGGAGUGAGUCCCACUGAAUUCAGUCAGGUUUCCUUCUGAAUAUGUACACAUUAAUUUGCAAUAUUAAAAAGUUGAGGUUACUUUAAGAGAAGGGAGGAAGAGGUUUGUGGAAGAUUUCUAAGUAAACUGGCAGGGCAUCUUCCUAGCUCAUCUCUGUUGUGUUGUAAAUUGGAAGUAUGUGCACUUUAUUAUUUUGUUUAUAGAAAUGUGGCAGGGAUUUCCAAAUAACAGAUACAGUAGUACUUUUCUAGAGAAUGAUGUUCUCUCGGUGAAAUCAGCUGGAGGGCCUAUUUUAGACUUCUUGUAAAGACUUCUAUUUCUGGUAUCAGGAUUUUUGAAAAGCUAUUCUUAAUAUAAUAAAAUAACACCCCCCCCCCAAGUCCUGGAAAAAAUUGCAUAGUUGCACUGAUUCCCCAGAACAGAGCAAAAUAGGUGCUCAGUUGGAUUUUUGGAAGUUUCUCUACCUGCGGGCUGGGAUCAUAAACUUGCAGCAUGUACUGCUUUAGACUUUUUUCCUUUUUCCGCUUUGAACAGCUACACAAGCACAAACUGUCUUUGAAUUCCCUUCUGUUUUAAAAGCAGUUUCUUGCGUCACAUAGCAGGCUGCUAUUUAAAAGCAGAAUAAUUUCUGUGGGUCUCUGGUUUCACAUUAUAUUUCUUAAUAUGGAGUAUAAAACACAGAUGCUGAUUUCUACUUUUCAUAGUGCCUCUACUGUAGCAUCUAUUUGGUUGUGAAAAUUUGGAAAAUAUUCCAGAUUCUUUGCCCACAUCCAGUUGGGACUGAUAAAUAUUUCAGAUUUCAAGAUCUCUGUCUGAAGGAUGAGAAACAGGUUCAGACCUCCCCAGCAGAAGUUCAUUGUAUUAACUUUCUUUCAUUCCAUAGAAUAGAAACAAGCAGUGUCUGUUGUGUACUUAACAUAAUAACAUUUCCGUAAAUGCCUUCCCUGCUUUACUGCAGAAUAAUUCAUUAAUAACUAAACUGCAUGGAGUUCCAAGUUAUUAGUUCCAUGAACAUUCUAGUUAUCUGCAGAUAAAAGUUAAGAAUAAUAUUACCAUAAGACAUCAGCUCUAAUGCAGUGAAUCAUAAGUACCUUUGGCAGCAAGAGGUUUUCACCUCCUUGGUUACUUUUCAUAUCUUAUUCUCCAUUAUUCUUGAGUUGCUGGAGGGGAAAUUUUUGGAGCUCAGGUCUAGGCAUGACAAAAGCAUCAAUAUGAUAUUCACUAUAGUAGUACUUAAAUCCCUCCAGUUCAGUACCAUGAGUGAUCCUGUAACUCCAAACUCUAAAUACUAGUUCCCAAACUCUCACAAAGACUUAAUGAAAGAUCAAGGGUACUUCCAGGUAAAACUUUGUCAAAUAAGAGUCCUAUUUUAUUCACAGAAGUUUACAAGUUCUAGGAUCCCCUUGUAAUUCUCCCAUGCCCCCCCUACUGUCAUUCUUUUGUUCUUUCCACAAAUAAUAAGGCUGAAGACAACAAUACAUUAUAGGUGUGCAAAGCCUUUGGAUACAUCCUAAGGCAGAACUUUUAAGUGUACAUGUUAAGAAGUGUCUUGGUAUGCACAACAUUUCUCUGAGAAAAGAAACUGCUAAAAUCCUAAGCAUACAUCCUUGAAAGUAAGUGGCAGUAAAAUGUAAGAGCUGCUUAGAAGUCAACAGGAGUAUAACUGGAUUUGAAUGCACAGCUUUUAGUGCAAGCGUUAAAUAACAGCAACACAGACUGUGAUUAUAGACUAGUACAACAAUGCUGUUUGAAUCUUCUGUCUUAGUUUUACUCCCUCCUGCAAUAUCCCAUGAACACUUUAUCAAACAUAACUUUGAAAGUGAUGUAAAACACUGGCUUGGGUGUUUAGUGUUCGACUAUACUAUAAACAGGUGUAUGGUGACUGCCUUGAUACUCAUACAAGUGGUGGGAGUUGCCAUCCACUUCACUGGAAACUAAUACCUCUAAUAGUAUCUUACCUAUCAUGUUGAAGCCAAGGUUGUGUAUCUAUGGAUAUUUUAUGCUAGCAUACCUGGUGCCAGAAGUUCACAUAGGUAGCUCUGUUGACCAUAGGUAGCUCUGUUGCAGGGAUUGGGAAUGGGCCACUCUCCACGUGCAGUUGGAUUACAAUUCCUGUGAUCUCUCACUGCUAGCUAAGGCUGAUCCUCAUCACCUCUUAGUGCUUGGACACCCCAACACUUCAGAAUGGAUGAAUGUCUGCAGGACACAAACUAAUAUCGGCUCUCCUCAAAGCUUGCUAGCACUUUCCACCAUUCAACCACCCGCCCAAGAGCCCUUUGGAUAGAAUGUGCUGUAAAUUCCAGCCAAGAUAUGCUUUUGAAAACUGAGCAAAUGCAGCAUGGGGUGGGGUCCCUUCAAAUCUCCUAAAGAUCGGUUUUUUAAAAGAGAGAGAUGAGGGGAAAGGCAGCUCAAAGAAGGGAAAACUAAACUGGAUUAUAGAUGAGUGUUUUGUUAAUAGAAAACAGACUCUGGGAAAUGUUCAAGGCAGCCAUAAUACGCAACUAGAAUAGGAAGAAUAGUUCCUAAAAUUCUCUGUUCAGUCUUAAUGGGUGUUGCUUUGUUGUGGGGUGAAACUUAACUGCCAUAUUUAGCAGAAGCAUUAAAUUAAAAAGAACACAUGAAGCCCCUUUCUGUAUUGAUUUCAGUGGAAGAAUGCUUUUUGCUUGUGUUGGAAUCGUAUUUGAAGAUGGGAUCAGAAUUAACAAAUUAUAAAUUAUCAAAUAUCAAUCUUUAUACAGACACCUUUUUGGAAUACAUACAAACCAAAAAAAAUCUAUAAAGCAGAAGUAGAUUGCAAUUUAUGCAGUAUAAACAAAAUAAAUUUUGAUCAUUAUAUGUGGUUUUAGGUUAACAGCAGUGUAGCUAUACACAUGCAUACAGCUUUAAAGGUCUUGUUUUAUAAGAAAAUCAGUGCAGCUCUUUAUCAGUUCAGAUAACCAGAAACUGGAAUCUUUUACAAAAGUCUCAAAUCAUUUUAAGUAUUUUGCAGCACUUUACCUAGCAUGAUUACUGUUUUAUAAACAUGGAAUUAUGAUUAUUAUAAAAGUGUUUUGAACCAUGUAAUGUCCAUGGGUUUUUUUUGUUGUUGUUAUAGUUGUGUACAUGUUAACAGUAAGUUCAUUGUCACCUUUAUUUUGAUUUUCUAAUCUAUAUGAACCACUGUAACAGUCUGGAGGGCCAUAUGAAAUAAAAUAUUUAAUAUUUACUUA